AUGUCAUCCAUCUCAAUCGCAACCCUCCCCCGCAUGGGCCGCGAUGCUCUUGCAGCCCUGCUCCUUUCAGCCAGCGAGCCAAGCAACCUCGCAAUCAUCGAUGUCCGAGACUCAGACCAUGUCGGUGGCCACAUCCACUCAUCAACCUGGGUCCCCACCUCAACACUGGAUGUCCGUAUGCCAGAGCUGGUCCGCACUCUAAAGGACAAGAAAAUGGUCAUCUUCCACUGUGCGUUGAGCCAGCAGCGCGGUCCCUCUUCGGCUCUGCGGUAUGCGCGCGAGCGCGAAAGUGCCCUUGGCGCGGAAGAGAGCCAGAAGCAACAGGUGUUUGUGCUAGAGGGUGGGUUUGUGGAAUGGCAGCAGAAGUAUGGCAAGGAUGUUCGGUUAACUGAUGCUUUUGCUGCGGAUAUCUGGGAGGAAUAUUGA